AUGGAUGAAGAGAAUCUGGAAGCAGCGAUUCAGACCUACAAUGCCCAGCUGCAGCAGGUGGAGCUGGCUUUAGGGGCGGGCCUGGACCCCUCGCAGCAGUCGGACUUGAUUCAGCUGCAGGAGGAUUUAAAGCAGCUGAUAGAACUGACCGAAUCCAGCCUGGUGUCCGUCAAAAAGAGCAAGCUUCUGGCUACUUUGGAUACAAAUGCAGGUGGAGCUGCCCAGGAUGAGGAGUAUGCUGCUUUUAAGGAAGCCAUCGCUGAGCUUGGAACUGAUGAGGAGCCCUCGACUAACAACGACGAGAUGCCAUCAAAGGGAGGUGGAGAAAACGAUGGCAAAAAUGAACCAAAGUCCAGUGAAGAGGAGGAGGAGUCUGAGAGAGAGGAGGAGGAGGAGGAGGAAUUGAGUGGGAUGAAGGUUAAAGCCCCCUACUACAGUUCCUGGGGGACCCUGGAGUACCACAACGCCAUGAUUGUGGGGACAGAGGAGCUGGAGGACGGCAGUGCAGGGGUCAGGGUGCUGUACCUCUACCCCACCCACAAGUCGCUGAAGCCCUGCCCCUUCUUCUUGGAUGACAAGUGCAGAUUUAAGGAGAACUGCCGGUUUUCCCACGGCCAGGUGGUGUCUGUGGAGGAGCUGCAGCCGUUCCAGGAGCCAGAUCUCAGCACGUUGGAGGUGGGCUCUGCCUGCCUGGCCAAGCACCACGACGGCAUCUGGUACACGGCCAGGAUCACUGACAUCGACAGUGGUUACUACACGGUGAGGUUUGAGUCCCUGCUGCUGAAGGAGGCUGUGGUGGAGGGGGACAGCAUCAUCCCCCCCCUGCGGAGCCAGGGCGGCGCCGAGGAGUCCUCUGAGGACAGUGCUGACGAGUCUGGCUAUGCCAAAGCUGUCCUGGGUGAAGGUUUUGCAGAGCAGCUUUGUUUCUGUGCUUCACUGAUUCUUCUCUUCUGUGCCACAGUGGUAGACUCAGGAGUUCCAGAGAACGGGGAGUGGACCCCUGCCUGCAGUUCCUCUUUUGGUGGCUGGGAAGCCCACACUCGUGGAAUUGGCUCCAAACUGCUUGUUCAGAUGGGAUAUGAGUUUGGGAAAGGGCUGGGGAAGAACUCCGACGGCCGAGUGGAGCCGGUGCAGGCUGUGGUGCUUCCCCGGGGCAAGUCCCUCGACCAGUGUGCUGAGGUGCUCCAGAAGAGGCAGCAGGGGAAGCUGGAGCCAGGCAGGCCGAGGAGGGGCCAGGGGAAGGGAGGGGGCUCCGGCCGGGCCCCCGCGGGCGGCCGCAAACCUCCCCGCAACGUCUUCGACUUCUUGAACGAGAAGCUGCGAGGGCAGGGAGCUGGGGAGAAGGCUGGAGGGCUGCCACUGCCAGAGAGGAACAGCAAAGAGAUCUACCACGCUAGCAAGAGCACCAAGAGGGCCCUGAGCGUCCGGCUCCUGCAGACGAUGGAGCAGAUUGAGCAGAAGCAGAGGGACAUCCGCGGCAUCCAGCAGGCCCUGGCGCGCAACGUGGGGCGGCACAGCGUGGCGGCGGCUCAGCUGGAGGAGAAGCUGGCGAGUGCACACCAGCAGCUGGGGCAGCUGCAGGCCCAGGAGGCCAGGCUGCAGAGGGAGCAGAAGAAGGCAGACACACAUAAGAAGAUGACUGAGUUCUAG